CAGUUCAAGGGUUUGUCUACGGAUAGAAAGUUUGGAUUUUUAUUUUCCGACAACGACAAUGAAGAGAGGCGAUGAGAUUGAAGUCUCCUCUGAUGAAGAAGGGCUUAAAGGGUCUUGGUUCAGAGCCAUUCUCGAAGACCCUCUGCCUAAAUCCGGAAACAAAAGGCUGAACGUGUCUUUGCUAGCCAACGAUGGCUCCACUACUCUGAAAACCACUUACCGGAGAUUCCUCCGGCCAAUUCCGCCGGAAAGUUUGUUCACGGCGGCGGCGGAGUUUGAGGAAGGGUGCGUGGUGGAAGCUUCUCGGGGAGGCGGGUGGUGGACCGGUGCGGUUGUGAAGAAGAUAAACGAUGAGGAAGUUUGGGUUUACUUCGAUUCUCCACCGGAUCUGCUCCAGUUCAAGACAGGACAGCUCAGACAACACUUUGACUGGGUCAAACAAAAAUGGGUCAGACCACAAAACAAGGUUUUUCUGAGUAAGAAGUCAACAUUUAGAUGUGGGACCAUGGUGGAAGUGAAAGUCACGGAUGGUGUUGAUGUGUGGGUACCAUCAGUGAUUGUUAAGGAGGUGGUAAAUAGAAAGAGUUUCGUUGUGAAGCCUUUGAAAUACAUUAGCUGGAAUGAUGAAGGUGAAGCACCAAAACCAAACAGAACCGUUGGAUUAAGCAGCAUAAGGCUCACACCGCCGACCGUUUCUGUUAAAAGCUUUGGUUUGAUGGAGUCUGUUGAAGUGUUUAUUGAACCGGGAUGGCGUCCAGGGAUGGUGACGAGUAUACUAUGUGAUGAUAUGUACACUGUGUGUUUGAAGGCAACAGAUAAGACUUUGGUGUUCACACACGAUGCUAUAAGGCCUACCGAGGAGACAAUAGCCAAACUGGUCUUGCAAAACACUAAUGAAGUAAGUGCUGCUAUCAAUCCUCAAAUGUCCUUGAGCUUGGGUGAAAAUGGAGAGGAAGAGGUGCCUGAGGAACACAACAGGGAAGAUGACAGCCGUAAGAAGAAAAGAGUAGAAGUAGAGCACACUUCAGACCUCGGUGAAGAAGGUACCAUUCGAAAGAGGCAAAGAGAACAUAACCUUAGCUCUAUUCCUGUUGUUGAAGAGCCUCAAGCAAAGGACACAACCAUGGUUUUGCCUUUUGCUAAGAAGUCACCGUUUUGGAAGAUACUUGAAACAUCAGAAGGCUUUCAGAGAGCACCACAGAGUCCUCACUUCAGUCCACUGGUUGGGGAAAGUAAAGAACAGUUCCGUGAAGGGCAGGCCAUUGGUAUGAUGGUGACACACUUCAGUUUACUGGAGAGCUUUAAAGAUCUGGAGCCGUACGUUUCCGUGAGCGAACUAAACAGCCUCAAAGCUUCCUUCGCCGAGCUAAAGAAGCAUGGUUUCGAUGUUUCAGCGCCUUUGGCAAGGAUCAACAAGCUUCUGGCCCUCAAGGAUAGACAGCUAAAGACAAUGGAGGAGCGAAAGGGUUUCGACAGAGAGAUAAUGGCUUUGAAAGAAGGUGUUGGUGAGAUGGAACACAAGAUUCUUGAGAUGGAGAGGCAACUAGUGGCUCUGAAAGAGCAGAGGGAUGCUGCCUACCAAAAUAUAUGUCAGAUGGAGUCAUGUGCAAGAGAUCGUGGCGUAGAGCUUGACAAUCUCGAGUCUGAGUUUAAAGCAACUUCAUCUGCUCCCUGGGGCGAAAUCUAAGUAAGAAGGAACAAGAGUGCAAACAAGGUGUGGAUCAAGAUCAUACUGCCAAUGUCUUUUUCAGUCUUAAGAUGUUGUCCAAAGGCAUGUGAACCUUAAUGGUCUUAAGAGCUGGAUCAUCAGAAAUGAAGCUAUCUAACUAUAAUUGUUAAACUAAAAGCUUUUGUUAUGUAAUCUGAUCUUGACAUAGUUAAUUUGGUAUCAUUGACUUAUGGUUUUAAAA